CAAAACGAAUCAAACAAGAUCCCAUAUGACUAUAUUUUAACUUAUAGAUUAAUAAUAAAAUGUAAUUUAAGAGUAACAAAUAAAUAGUAUCUCAAAAGUAAAUGGGACAACUAAAAUAAAUAGGAGGGACUAUGAUUUUUCACCGUAUAUGAAAACACAUGGUUUUUACUAUUCAGUACUUUAAAGAGCACAAUUUUGUUUCAAGUAAUUUUAGCCCUAACCCCAAUUGAAUUUCGAGCAGACUCAAAACCAUAUCAAGAGGCUGAGAGUGAGAGGGCAUCUGAAACAAUCGAAAAAGACUGAGAGGUGGUGACGGGUGAGAACCAGAAUCAGCAGUAUGUGGAGAAGUAGCUGGGGGGUGGUUGUUCUAUCAACCUCCAUUGCAGUUUCUCCUUCUUGCUGCCGUCCAAUUACUGUUUCUUACUAUUCCACUUCACGUCUAGUAUCUCAUCCUCCUGAUCUUCUCAAAUGGGUUCGCAGGGAAGGAGGCUUUGUUCAUCCUUCCAUCAAAAUUGCCGAUGUUCCUUCUUAUGGCCUUGGUCUUGUCGCCUCUCAUGAUAUUCCUCAAGGUUCUGAUUUAAUUGCUCUUCCUCCUCAUUUACCUCUUAGAUUUGAUGAAUCCAAUGGUGCGUCUUCUUCUGUUUUGACGGAUUUGGCUCUACGAAUUCCAGAGGAGCUCUGGGCUAUGAAGUUGGGUCUGAAGCUUCUGCAAGAAAGAGCGAAAACUAGCUCAUUUUGGUGGCCAUACAUCAGCAAUCUUCCUGAAACAUACAGCGUUCCAAUCUUCUUUGACGGAACAAAUAUACAAAAAUUGCAGUAUGCUCCUAUUGUUAAUCAGGUAAAUAAGAGAUGUCGAUUUCUUCUUGACUUUAAGCACCAAGUGGAGGAGGCAGUUGCAAACUUGGAGAAAGAAGAUCAUCCUUUUGGAGGUCAAGAUAUAGAUUCGUCUGCCCUCGGAUGGGCUAUGGCAGCUGUAUCAUCCAGGGCAUUUCGCUUGUACGGAGAUAAGCACUCUGAGAAUAUCCAUGAAUAUGUCCUGAUGUUGUUGCCUUUGAUCGAUAUGUGCAACCACAGCUUUAAUCCAAAUGCUAAGAUUUUUCAGGGUCAACACAAUGCAGAAAAUGCAAAGAUGCUAGUGAAGGUUGUGGCAGAAAACGAUAUCAAAAGGGAUGAUCCACUGGAGCUCAACUAUGGGAAUAUGAACAAUGACUUAUUCCUUUUAGAUUACGGAUUUGUUAUGGUUCCUAACCCUUACGACCAAAUUGAGCUCCGUUAUCAUCCAUCGCUUUUAGAAGCUGCUAAUGUUACCGUCGGGAUAAAUUCCCCUUGUUUUUCCUCCCCAACUUCAUGGCAGAGUGAAUUCUUGUCAGCUUUAAAAUUAGAUGAUCAAGAUUCAUGGGCGUCUCCAAAUCUAAAGGUAACGUUGGGUGGUCCAGAUCUGGUGGAUGGUCGAAUCUUGGCUGCUUCACGAAUCCUUAAUGCAAGUCAUUUGAAAACCGUAUCCGAGUCUGAGUUGCCUACCCUUCAAUCUUUAUCUGCCGAAGCACCUUUUGGCAUUUCAAAUGAACUGGCUGCUCUUCGUACUAUAAUCGGGUUAUGUAUGUUAAUACUACAAAAUUUUCCCACGAAUAUUACGGAGGAUGCGGCCUUAUUGAAAGAGGGUGUCUCUGGCAUAUCGGAGGAGUUGGCUAUCCGGUUCAGAAUGGAAAAGAAGUCCGUCAUUGUGAAUGUAAUGAGAGAGAUGUCAAAUCGGGUUAAGCUUCUCCAACAACGAGCCAACGAAUCCGCUGUUUCUGCCUAGUCUUUUGCUUACUUAGGCUGAAUACAUUUUUGUUUUGAAAGACUAUACCCAGAACUUGGAUUUUUGAGAUUCAUGUAUUCAGGAUGGUGUUUACUGAUCU